AUGUCUGACUCUGAAACGCUGGACGUUGUGGCAGGAUACCCGUCUGUUAUUGACCCAGCACUUCGAACUGAACAGUUGCUGCCAGCGGGGUACUUGGGUCCGACGAGCUUCAUCGCGGGGCUUGAGGAGAAUGUCGAUCUUUUUGUUCGCGGUGAACAGUUCAACCCAGAUGGAAGCGAGAAUUCUGCCAUACCUCCAUCUCCCGGGUUAGUCAAGAGGACGGCAGAGGUUCUUCGCUGCCUGCAAGACUUCUCAGCUAUCAAGAACUUGGUCCAGAAAUACUAUAGCGUCUCCCAAACCGCCGUCAUCCCAUCAUCAUUGAUCCUUAACGCACUGGAUGAGCUUCAGGUCACUGUUAACGCAAGCUUGUUUGGAUCAGCGUCCGAUGACCAACUGGUUACAUUCAGUACAUUCGUAAUACGCAAUACUAGUAAGGCUUUGAAGAUCCCACGGAACAGCGACGGGACUGUUUUUCACAAAUCUUUCACUGGGCCUUUCCUUCGCUUGGAGAUCAUUGGAGUUGUAUGCGCUCUAGCAGGCCGGGCCAGCUACUUCGGGCUAGCCGACAGUAUGGUUUGCAAUACCGAGUCACGAACCCAAUUCUCUCACAAAAUGUUGGUUGCAUGUGAUCUCACUAUCCAGAUAUGCAAGAGCAUAACGGGCUUGAAUGACCUUUCUCUCUGGCUUGUCCACGAAGACCUCCUCUUGUUAAAGCUGCUUCGGGGUGAUUCCAGUUCGGUGACAUGGAACCGCCUAGGUGAACUUGCCACCGAUAUAUUUGAAUUUGGUGCCCACAGGGACACCCCUAGCUUAUUACCGCUUUUCAUUGUCGAAUCCCGGCGGAGGCUUUUCGCAGCUUCCUAUCAGCUCGAUAAAAGCAUUGCUACUUUCCUUGGACGACCACCUCGCAUUUCAUGGAGGCAUUCUGAUUGCCGUCUUCCUCUCGAUAUUAGUGAUGAGACUUUAGCUGGGCACCCAAACAAACUAGACGCUGCCCGACUCUCUUUAGAUGCUAAUGGAUGGAACACAAGAGAGGUCUACCAGCGAUCAUCUUGGAUACGGCUACGAUUUAUUAUCAGUACAUUCCGAGAAGAGAUAUUGGAGCUGUCCCUUCAAAAGCCAAGUCCGAAUAGAACGGAACAACUGCGGGAAGUCUCCAGUCGCUGUCACCAGGCUUGGAGUUUGUUGCCCAAACAUCUUCAAUAUACGUCUAGUUGCUGGGAGUCCGACCUUCCCAUAGGAGUGAAGUUGAUAUCGAUCAUUUCAUAUCUCGCCUAUCUUUACAAUGAGUUCUCGGUCCAGAGCCUAUUAUACCAGGAUUCUAAAAACACAAAUGCUGCGCUACUGGAUGUCAGCUCUGAAAUUCUCUCGACUGUGUUGACCCUAGGGCGACAGUGGGAGCGAUCUGUUGAUAUCAAGAGCGACUUUACUUGGAUCGUCCUUGUCUAUGGGUUUUCAUGCGCCGGCGUUUUGAUCCGAGCAAUGCAGGAGCAAGCUCGAACGGGCCAGCCAUUGUUGUCUUCUGGGUCUCGAUCCUCCCUCAUUCGCAACUUAAGCGUCUUUAUCUCUCACCUGGAGUCCAUGGCCGGUCCGGAACAGGCGACAUCUCCACUAUUCGUCCGUGCCACGUCGGUUUUCUCUAGUAUUAUCGAUGAAAUAUUGGAGCCGAGACCAGAAGUUCCCUUCAACGGUACUAAUCUCGAUACGAUAUUGGAUUCUGAUAAUGACCCCUUCUUUUUCGAUCUCCAGGGGAUGGACUUGUUUGAAAAUCAGGAUUUUCAUGUUGCCUUUCAUGAUAUGCUUUACUAA